AAUUGAUAAAACGAUAUUCUGUAUUUCAAAUUUAAAAAUUUACAGUUAACCAUAAAAAAUGAUAGAAUGCAAAAUAGGUUUCAUUGGAGCAGGAAACAUGACUAAGGCAAUUGUUUCUGGAAUGCUGGAUUCUGGGAUAGUGAAACCAAACUCAAUUAUAGUCUCAGCGCCCUCAAAAACAAAUUUUCCCUUUUGGCAAGAAAAGGGAAUCGCUACUACUCAUUCAAAUGCUGAAGUGGUGAAUAAAUGUGAUGUGAUAAUGCUUGGAAUAAAACCUCAGUAUUUAGACGAAGCAAUCAAAAGCUUUGACCCUGUUCCAAACAAUAAACUUUACAUAUCGAUUCUUGUGGGGAUUACUAUCGAAACUUUGAAUGAUAAACUGCGGACACAAUUUAGGUUCACUGAAGCUGGUCCAGAGCCUUGGCGUAUCGUCAGAGUUAUUCCUAACACGCCAAUCAUGGUUGGGGCGGGGGCCACAGCGUAUGCAGUGAGUGAGGGAGCCAGAGCUGAGGAUAGUGAACUAGUCAAGACAAUAUUUUCUGCCGGAGGUCUGUGUGAGAUUGUGCCAGAACGGCUGUUGAACCCAGUUGGAGCUCUGGCCGGGAGUGGUCCUGCUUAUGUAUACUUGAUGAUUGAAGCCCUCUCUGAUGGGGCGGUAAAGAUGGGAGUGCCGCGAGCCCUGGCCACUCAGCUGGCCAGUCAAACACUGCUGGGUGCCGCCAAGAUGGUGCAGAUGACAGGAAAACAUCCUGGACAACUCAAAGACGAGGUUUGCUCUCCAGGUGGCACCACCAUCACUGGUAUACACGUGUUAGAGAGGUCAGGAGUGAGGGCUGCUCUCAUUGGUGCAGUUGAAGCAGCUACAAAUCGCUCUUUUGAGCUAGGAAAUAAGUAGGCCUAAAUACUCAAAUAUAAAAUGUUCCUUGAGUUAUAGUUCACACUGAGGAAACAAGAUGUUAGCUUCCAUAAAGUAAAUCAAUAACUUCCAGUGUUAAACUUCCCUUAAUGGAAUGUAUUUUUUAAUAAAAAAAAUUAACAUAUCUUAUUAUUGUUUUCAGUUGUGAUUACAUAAGUAUUGAGCUCAAGCAUUUAAGCCUACCUUCAUUUCUCAAAUUGUAUCUUAUUUUGUUAUAUACUUUUUCUGUUGUUUAGUUUUUGUUAAGUGACUGUGUGUUGUUACUUUUUGUUAACAGUGCUUCCAUAGUACGUAAGAAAACUUUGUUAUGCAUUUUUAAUUUUUAAGUGUGUAAACACAAGCAAUUUUCACAGCAAUAUUUGUGCAUUUUGCAAUAUUUUGAUUAUGUGCAAUAUACCCAGCUAGGAUCAAGAAACAGUUUAAUUCUCAUAGAUGGGAAAAUAAGCUUGAGGAAAAUUAAGCCCAUAAAUCAUAUAAUGAAAUGAAAAAAUAAUAUAAAAUAAAUACAAACAUAAUUGUGUUUCAGCUACCAAGAAACCCUCUCUAUUCUGCUCCAAUGUUUCUUUUAUAUACCAGGCUUGAAAUAAGCCUGAUUUUCCAUCACUUUAAUCGGUCAAAAGAUUAAAGUGAUGGAAAAUCUUGAUGGGGCUCAUCUUGGUGAUGGAAAUCACUCUUGGUGGGUGACAACUCUGUUGUAUUUGAAUAGGCAAAUGCUAAAGAAGUGUGAUUGGAGAGGGUCUUGUAAGCUUUAGUUUAUUUCUGACAGAUCUAAAUUAAAGAAUUGUCUGUUUGGGAUACUGUCUUAGAUUUUGUAUUUUUAUCGUUCUGCCAAAACGUUUUAUUCAGAAACUUCCAUAUUUGUAGCAAUACUGCCGUUGAUUGAUUUUCAUUCAUAAGAUCAGUGUACGUAGAAGACUGCCUUGAAAAUUCAAUGAGACUCGAGGGCCCUGGUAGUGGAAAUUGGGGGGGUGAAAUUUGAAAAAAGGAAAUACAACCGAGGAAGGAAGAUCCGUUGAAAUUAAGUUCUCAGUAGGAUUGGAAAAGGGACCAACCAUUUACGGGUGCCAGAUUGCUCAAGGUGCACAACGGGUACCACAAUCAUAACUGAUUGUUGGAAACCCUACGAGCAUCUGGCAGUGUACCACUUAACACUUGUGACUGUAAACAAAAAACGCAAGGAUUCCUAACCCGAAAUUAUUAAAAGAGUUGAAAAAUACACAAUGAAAAAUACAUGCAAGCAAUAUGUGUUUUAAGUACAAUAAAUUGUUUUUUAAUAUUGA